UUGUUUACAGAAAUACCACAUGAUGUUAGUGCACACCCUGGAGAAGAUGUAGAGAUGGCGUGCUCCUUCCGCGGCAGCGGUGACAUCCCCUACUCCCUGGAGAUCCAGUGGUGGUAUAUCCGGUCCCACAAGGACUGGACAAACAAAGAUACCUGGGCAGACAACCAGGUGAAAUCUCUCCAGGGGAUCCAAGAAAAAGGUGCCACCAAGAUAAGUGUGGUGAAGGUAUUCGGCAGUAACAUAUCACACAAGCUACGCCUAUCUAAUGUCAAGAUCUCAGAUGAAGGGACCUACGAGUGUCGUGUGUUAGAUUACAGCGAUGGGAAGGGGCGGCAGCAUCGGGUCAAGGCCUUCCUCCACGUGGAGCUGGAAGCAGGCCGCCGCGGUGCGGCCUCACACCGCCAACAGGAUACCAGCACUCACCGUCACUUUCAAGUCAAAGAGCUCAAAAAGCGAACGGCGGUGCCUUGUGAGGAAUGCCAGGUCUAGACUGUGGGACCACUCGGCCCCAACACUGAUGUACAGAGAAGUGCAUGAGAAGCUUCCUACCCUUCUCAAUCUGAAAAUUGUUGUCAGCUGUCUCUGGCUGGAGUAGUGAGUGGAGAUCAGUGACUUUAAAUAC